GAAAACUGGGCACCAAUGUGUAACAAUGCGUCGAAGUUUGGGAGACCCCAGCUAUUAAUCUCCCUAGAAUCUAUUUUCUACUUCUCGCUUCUUCUGGAACUCCCGUCCCCUCUUCUCCCCUCUCCCGAUCAAGCUGAAACUUUCUCUUCAAUGGCGUUUGCUCAGUACUUGCUAGCAUUUCCUGCUGAAACGUCAAAGGUCCAUUCAAACUCUACUCCCCUUCUAAGCCCACCACUUCUUCCUUCUACUUGUUUAUUUUCUCUACCCAUAUCUUCUUCUUCGUGGAAGCUUAAACGACGCAGCCUUUCCAUUUCCCCCCAGCUUUUAAGAACCACCCGACAAGUGAAGUCUAAGCCAGGAGAAGCUGAACUCAGCCCUGCUGUAGAUGCCUUUACUCAGUUUAAGCAUCUGCUUCUGCCAGUUACAGAUGGCAACCCUUACCUAUCAGAGGGUACAAAGCAGGCCAUGGCAACUACUGCUGCUUUGGCGAAGAAAUAUGAGGCUGACAUAACAGUUUUGGUUAUCAAUGAAAAGGAAAAGGAAUCAUUACCAGAGCAUGAUACUCAACUAGCUAGCAUCCGGUGGCAUUUAUCUGAAGGUGGCUACCAAGAUUUCAAACUUUUAGAGAGACUUGGGGAAGGGAAUAAACCAACAGCUAUUAUUGGAGAGGUUGCUGAUGAUAUGAAUUUAGAUUUGGUUGUUAUGAGUAUGGAAGCCAUUCAUUCCAAACAUGUGGAUGCAAACUUACUGGCUGAGUUCAUUCCCUGCCCUGUAUUGCUUUUGCCACUGUGAACCUUGAUUUUACUCUCAGACCUUGUGGGAUUAUCACCAAAUAUUUGUUAUUUCUCUCUUAAAAUUUCUGCGAAGUGUGACCUUGGUUGAAUAGGAUAAUAUCAACUUUCUGUUAAUUGGACGCCUUUCCAUUAGUAAUUUGUGGUUGACAUUA